AUGAGUUGGUAUAAUCAAAAUUCAAAUAAUGGUAGUAAAAUUGAUUCACCUCAAACUCCAAAACCAAAACAAGAGAAUCAAGUACAAGUUCCAUCAUCUUCACCAAUACUAAUAAACUCAUCUCCAAACUCUACAAAAUCAUCAUCAUAUCAAAAUAACCAACAACCUAGUCUAUCAGCUAAAAUGGAAAAAGAUAAAUUACAAAGCAUUGAAAAGGCAAGACAAAAGGUUAGAGAUCAACCAAAUUUCCCAUUAAUUAGAAAGAGAUUUUUUUAUGUAAGUGAAAGUGAUAUUUUUAAAGCAUUUUACACUAAUAGGGGAGCACUACGAGAUAUUACAGCAUAUUUAGAAAAGAAUUUUCCUUAUAGUGAAUAUACCAAAAAUCAAAAAGAAAUGGAAGAAAAGAAACGUCAACAGGAAGAACAAUCUAAGCAAAAAUUACUAGACGAACAAUUUAAGAGAAAGUAUGAAGCAAGUUUGAAAAAGAAAGAUGAGUCAGAUGAUGACCUGUUGAGUGAUACUGAUCCAUUUGCAGAUUAUAAACCUAAUGUUCAUAAACCAACUAAUACUAAUGUAAAAAAUGGUGAUGACGAAGAUGAUGAUUUACCUACAAGAUCAAAGGGCAAAGCUAGAGUUAAAAUUGAAGACUUAUCACCAGUCAAAGAAAAUAACAAUCUGUCAACUAAAGUUGAAAUCAAGUCAAAACAAUCUAUUUUAAAUAAAUAUAGAAACCCAUUACCAAAACCUCAACCAAGUUUAAGUAGUUUUGGAAGAUUGGAUUCUUUGUCAGAUACUAAAAGAAGAAAAUUAGUUAGAGGAUCUGAAUUAGAUCGAUCAAAUUCAGGUUCAGUAUCACCAAUACCUGCACCAAGUUCAUUGAGUGCAAAAUUCACAUAUCAAGAAGGACCUGGUGGAAAUUUAUCAAAUAAUAGCUCAUUUUCUCAAUUAGAUGAAUUAGAAGCGCUGGAAAGAAGACUAGCUGAAAAUUUGAAAAAAGCUAGAUUACAAAAACAGCAAUUACAUUUCAAUGUUCAACCUAAAUCUUUUCAAAAAUCAUCUAAUAAAGUUAUUAAUAUAAGUGAUGAUGAAGGAAUGUUGGAAGACGAUAAUGCAAGUGAUUCAAUGUCAGAUGCUGAUUUAGAUGCUGAUUCUUAUGACGGUAUUACUUCAAUUGAUUCUAAAAUUCUUGAAUUUAUUAAUUCUGCGCCAAUUGAUGAUUUAUGUGAAAUUUCUGCUAUUGAUCCAGAUACUGCAGAAUUAGUUAUACAACAAAGACCGUUUAAUACAAUUUAUGAGAUAUCUGAAAAUGAUUUUACCUCAGAACCAGUUAAUAAAAGUAGUAGGAAGAAAAAAUUAGGUUUAAGAAUGAUUGAACAAACUGAACAAAGUUUGAAAGGUUACAAGGCUAUUGAUUCUUUGAUUAAAAAAUGUGCUGAAUAUGGUGAUAUAAUUUCGAACCAGAUGAAAGAGUGGGGAGUUACUGCCACUGGUGAGUCUGGUGAAUUGGAUAUCGUUGAUCUUGAUCCGAUAGAUGGUGAUGAUGAAACAGAAAGACUUGAGAAGAAUGAAGAUGACGAUGACGACGUAAUGAUUGUUAAAAAGAAAGGUUUGAAAUACAUCAAACACAAACCUGCGUUAUUAGAUGAUGACAUCACUUUAAACAAUUAUCAACAAGCUGGUAUUAAUUGGAUAAAUUUAUUGUAUUCAAACAAAUUAUCAUGUAUCUUGGCUGAUGAAAUGGGUUUAGGUAAAACAUGUCAAGUUAUUGCAUUCAUAGCUCAUCUUAAAGAAGUAAAUGAGAAAUUCCCACAUUUAAUUGUUGUACCAGCUUCAACUAUUGAAAAUUGGAUAAGAGAAUUUAAUAAAUUUUGUCCAGAAAUAAAAGUUCAAGCUUAUUAUGGAUCUCAAAAAGAAAGAGAAGAAUUAAGAUAUGAGUUACAAGAUCGUAAUUAUGAGGUUUUAGUAACAACUUAUUCUAUGGCUUGUGGAUCACCUCAAGAUGCUAAAUUUUUAAAAAAUCAAAAUUUUAAUGUUAUAGUUUAUGAUGAAGGUCAUUUGUUGAAAAAUUCUCAAUCAGAAAGAUAUAAUAAAUUAAUGAGAUUAAAGGGGAACUUUAGAUUAUUAUUGACAGGAACCCCAUUGCAAAAUAAUUUGAAGGAAUUAAUUUCAUUAUUAGCUUUUAUUUUACCACAUGUGUUUAACGAAAAGAAGGAAGAUUUAGUUGGAAUAUUUAAACAAAAAGCAAAUGCUAUUUCGGAUAAUAAAAAGACACCAUCAAAGGAGUAUAAUCCGUUGCUAUCAAUGCAAGCUAUCAAAAAUGCUAAAACCAUGAUGACCCCGUUUGUUUUACGAAGAAGGAAAGAUCAAGUAUUACAACACUUACCUGCCAAAAGUCAUGAAAUUAUUCGUUGUCAAUUAACUCCUGAUCAAUCAAAAUUGUACUUUGAUUGUCUUGAAAAAGGUAGAUCAAUCAGAAUAGAAAGAGAGAAACGAAAAACCAUGACACAACAAGAAGUUGUAAAAUUAAAUAAAUCAAAUCCAAUUCCAACAUCAUCAAAUGUUUUGAUGCAAUUAAGAAAAGCUGCUUUACAUCCAUUAUUAUUUAGGCAACAAUAUACUGAUGAUAAAUUAAAGAAAAUGGCAAAGGCUAUAAUGAAUGAACCUGAAUAUGUCGAAGCCAAUGAAACUUUUAUAUUUGAAGAUAUGCAAGUAAUGUCAGAUUUUGAAUUAAAUAAUUUAUGUAAUCGAUUCCAUCAUACUUUAUCCAGAUGGAAAUUAAAUGAAGAUUUAUUUUUAGAUAGUGGGAAAAUAAAACAAUUAGAAAAAAUUUUAGAUACAAUCAUCAACAAGAAGAAAGAAAAAGUAUUAUUUUUUUCAUUAUUUACUCAAAUGUUGGAUAUUAUGGAAAAAGUUUUAUCAAUUUUUAAUUAUAAAUUUGUUAGAUUAGAUGGUGCAACAAAAGUUGAAGAAAGACAAGAAACUAUAGAUUUAUUUUAUGAAGAUCCUGAUAUUCCAAUUUUUUUACUUUCUACAAAAGCUGGAGGAUUUGGUAUUAAUUUAAUAGCUGCCAAUAAUGUUAUAAUAUUUGAUCAAUCUUUUAAUCCACAUGAUGAUAAACAAGCAGAAGAUAGAGCUCAUAGAGUUGGACAAACUAAAGAAGUUGUAGUUUAUAAAUUAAUCACUGAUAAAACUGUUGAACAAAAUAUGUUAAUGGUUGCAGAAAACAAAUUACAAUUGGAUUAUAGUAUGUCUAAUGAUGAAAGUAAUGGUGGUAAUAAUAAUUCAAAUAAUAAUAAAUUUGAAGAAAGUGCUGCUUCAAUUUUUGAAAAGAUUUUAUAUCAAGACGAUAAAUAG